CAAACAAAGGGGAAGCGCUUGUGUGAUUUAAAGGGAACUGUACACAUUCAUGUCGCUGUGUUAAGUUCCUCUUAAAAUGAAAAGCUUGAAGUAAGAAUCUAGGAAUCAAAGGCAAAUCAAUAAAACUAAGAAAUCACCCCUGGUGUGCAGAAUGGAAACUCUUUCUCGUUGAGCUAUAUGUUCAGUCUUUGCUUGGGCAAAUCAGUAAGGACAUUCUCCACAUCAUCCAUCCCAGUUCUUUGUAGGCUAACUUUAUUACGCCAUCAAUAUCUCCACUGCUCUAGGAUUGUUAUAUUUAGUUGGGGCUUUCCUUCUAGCCCCAGUGGCAUCUCUUUCUGUGUGCCACAAACACCACGAUUUACUCUCGGCUCUGGUUCACAUUUCCACACUUCCUGGCCAAAUAAGUUGCAAAGGAACCAGCCAGAGAUGGCAGAGCAAAGAUUCUGUGUAGAAUAUGCCAAACGUGGCACAGCGGGCUGCAAGAAAUGCAAAGACAAGAUUGUUAAGGGGGUGGUCCGUAUUGGCAAGAUAGUGCCAAACCCGUUCAGCGAGUCUGCUGGAGAAAUGAAAGAGUGGUACCAUGUGAAAUGCAUGUUCGAGAAGCUUGAGAGAGCUCGUGCCACCACAAAGAAAAUCGAAGACAUCACAGAACUGGAGGGAUGGGAGGAGCUUCAGGAUGAGGAUAAAGAUCUUAUCAAUAAACAUGUUUCAGAAUUGGCAGCCAAAGCCAAUGCAAGUCCGAAGAAAAAAGUGCAAGCAAAGUUAAACAACAGCGGACUUCUGUCAGGACCACUAGCUGACCCCACUGUUAACGCCCCUCGCAAGUUUUCAGGCUUCACAGCUACCAAGGCUGGUUCCUCUUCCUCCAGUCCUGGGCCAUCUCCAGCGAAACCCUCUCAGGGCAGUGCUUUAUCAGCUAAGCUAUGUGACUCCAAUCAUAAAGACUGCUUACUGCGAGAGUUCCGCAAACUGUGUGCCUUAGUGGCAGAGAAGUCGGGUUACAAUGCAAAGACUGAGAUUAUCAGGGAUUUCUUGACAAAAGGCUCUGGUGGAGAUAAGUUUAGAGGCGAUCUGUACCUGACAGUGAAGCUGCUUCUCCCAGGAGUGGUGAAGAAUGUCUACAACCUCAACGACAAACAAAUUGUCAAGCUUUUCAGCCGCAUAUUGAAUUGCAGUCAGGAUGAAAUGGUGCACGAUCUGGAACAGGGAGAUGUUUCAGAGACUGUGCGGAUGUGUUUUGAGGCCAGCAAAUCUUUCCCCCCAGCAACCAAAAGCCUUCUGACCCUUCAGGAAGUGGAAGCUUCACUGAAUCGUCUUGCCCAGCUCACCAAGGAAGAUGAUCAGCAGGCAGAACUACAAGAUAUGGCCAAAAAAUGCACCGGAAAUGACUUGAAGUGUUACAUCCGUCUGGUCAAACAUGAUCUGAAAAUAAACUCUGGCGCUAAGCAUGUCCUGGAUGCUGUCGAUCCCAAUGCUUACGACGCCUUCAAAGCCUCUCGUAACCUUGGAGAUGUAAUUGACAGGGUACUAAAGAACCACCAAGAUGCCGCCAACGGGACAGGGCCCAGAAAGAUCCUUAGUGUGGAGGCGUCUCUGAUGACACCUGUACAGCCAAUGCUGGCGGAGGCAUGUAAAUCCAUUGAGUAUGCCAUGAAGAAGUGUCCAAAUGGCAUGUACUCCGAGAUCAAGUAUGAUGGUGAGCGUGUACAGGUCCAUAAGAACGGAGAUCACUUCAGUUACUUCAGUCGUAGUCUCAAACCAGUACUCCCACACAAGGUUGCUCAUUUUAAAGACUUCAUACCGCAGGCGUUUCCUGGUGGUAAUACCAUGAUUCUUGAUGCUGAAGUUCUACUUAUUGACACAAAGACUAGUAAACCUCUACCUUUUGGAACUCUUGGAGUACACAAGAAAGCCGCUUUCCAGGAUGCUCAAGUGGGUCUUUUUGUGUUUGACUGCAUUUAUUUUAAUGGCGUAAGCCUCAUGGACAAACCUCUUUGUGAGAGAAGAAAGUUUCUUCGUGACAAUAUGGUGGAAGUUCCAAACAGGAUUCUGUUCUCAGAAAUGAAGCAUGUUACGAGAGCUGCUGAUUUGGCAGAAAUGAUCACACGUGUCAUUAGAGAGGGACUGGAGGGAUUGGUUCUGAAAGAUGUCAAGGGCCAUUAUGAGCCAGGAAAGCGUCACUGGUUAAAAGUAAAGAAGGAUUAUCUGAAUGAAGGAGCGAUGGCAGAUACCGCUGAUCUUGUGGUGCUUGGAGCUUUCUAUGGCAAAGGCUCAAAUGGUGGAAUUAUGUCCAGUUUCCUCAUGGGCUGCUAUGACCCAGAAUCCAAGAAGUGGUGCACCGUGACCAAGUGUUCUGGAGGCUAUGAUGACGCAACCUUAGCCAGACUGCAGAAGGAGCUGGAUGUUAUCAAAAUCGGCAAAGAUCCAAGCAAGAUACCAGGGUGGUUGAAGAUUGUCAAGAACUAUUAUCCAGACUUUAUUAUCCGAGAUCCACAAAAAGCACCAGUUUGGGAAAUCACAGGAGCAGAGUUUUCUAAAUCAGAAAUGCACACAGCGGACGGCAUAUCCAUCCGCUUCCCUCGCUGCACGCGGAUGCGAGAUGACAAAGACUGGAAAACCGCCACUAAUCUUCAGCAGCUCAAGGAACUGUAUCGCAUCUCCAAGGAGAACUGUGAUUUUGAGGUGACAGCCGGUCCAUCUAAAACCGGCCAGAAUGAAAAGAGCUCCUCAGGAGGUGAGAGCGGAGGCAGCUCGCCCUCAACAUCUUCCACUGGAGCUUCUACUGCUAACAAACCCAAAAACGGUCAUACCCCCAAAGCAAAAACGGUGAAAUCCGAACCACCCUCACCAGCAGUUAAGAGGACACUACCGCCUGAAAAACGUAGUGCAAAGAAGAUAAAAACAGAACGGAAUGGACAAAGCAAACUCAACACAUCAAUUCAAACAACCGAGCCGAAGAAUGAAAAGACUUUACUGGACAUUUUCACAGGGGUGAAGCUCUACCUUCCCGAGUCUGUUCAGGACUUUGCUAAGCUCCGGCGCUACUUCUUGUCAUAUGACGGAGAUUUAGUGCCAGAGUUUGACUCGCGUUCAGCCACACACACGCUGACGGAGCCAGAGGAGGACAGUCAAAGCCAGAAAGUCACUUCCAACUGGAUCUGGGAAUGUAUACGCAAGAGAAGAGUGGUUCCUCCCUGUUGAACUCAAUGAAGAGGAUACUCCACGUAGGCUAGCGUGAAGCUCAGGAGCACAGUCAAUACAGGAGAAAAUGAGAAUGGUAAACUUGUUAGCCGGUACUCGCAACUACAGCAAUAAUGCUGUUAAAACAGACUGGAUUGAAUGAACUUUUUCUAAUUUGUUUCUCACGUUUUCAUUAACGGCUUUACCUUAUUGUGGUAUUGCACACAGUGUGUUCGAAAACUGCUGUCUACUAGAUUUUCAGAUUUGUUUUGGUUUUGAUGUUGUUGUCCAGCUAUGAAUUGCUCAUAUUUAUGCUUUUUAGACUUUCAGGGGUCACCGCUUGAUCGUCAUUUUUUAAAGUCAUGAUGCAGCCAUGUAUCUGCAUCUACAAAAAUGAUUUUUUCUUAGGUUUACACUUGGGUACAAGAUAAGUGAUUAGCAGUACAAUAAUGAUGCCCAUGAAGUAUGAUUGUGAAAUUGAUAAUUGUGUAGAAUACAAAUCGGGUUAGAGCCCUGUAGUUCAGUAAUGGUAGUCAUGUAUAAUUUCAACAAUCAUUCUCAUUAAAACAAGUCUUUAAUGCACAAAGGAAGUUGAUUUGUGCCUACUUUUAGCCAAGCUAGCACACUACAAGAGAUCUACAGUUUAUGACGACUGAUAAUAUUGUAAUUUUCUACAUCUGUUAAAAACGGCAUCUGUUUUUUAUCCAAUCAUGGUGAUGUUAUUACUCCAAAGUGUGGGGUCAAUUUUAAGUACUGGAAGAAAAGUUACUCAUUGUUCUGUUAAAGCAAGUCCAAAAUGAUCAAGGUGCCAACACUAUGUAUAAUUUUAAUAAGAUACUUUUUUUUGACAAUUAAAGACAUAAUACUGA